AUGAAACGCCAAAUCGACACAGAAAAGUUUUUGCAAGAAAUUUUGAGUGCUCAACACAACUGCGAAAACGCAAUUGAAGCUUCUUCGCGUCUUGUAGAUAUUUUUAAAACUAAAAGUUCACCAUCUCUUUUAAUUGUUAAAGAUAUAAACACAGAAAAAGCCCGCCUUCAUAAACUUAUGUUACGGCUUAAAAAACUAAAAAUAGAAUCAUCGAGUUCUGGAGUAAUUCUUUUACAAAACGAAUUAAAAAUCUCUGAGAGUGAUAACACGUCAUUAAAAGCUCCAAGUGUUGAUAUUUUACAAACGAAUUUAAAAAGUCAAAUUGUAUUGACAGAAAACCAAAAUCAAGUUGACAAUAACGAAAUUAAUAAAGUAACAGAAGUAAAACAAAACACUUUGCAAUGUACCAAAAACGAUUUAAAAACACAACAAAACGUCGAGAUUGUCGAACAGAAAGUUCACACAACAAAAGAAGAUACUGAUAAGUUGAAACAGCAAAGUAGCAAAACAAGAAAUUUUCAAACAAUUUUAUUAGAUCAAUUUAACAAUGAAAAAAUCAUUAACGAAAAACAAUUAAGACAAAUAGAAGACCUGCAAGACAAAUUUAAUCACCAACGAGAUAUUAACGCCAAACAAAGUGAUGCAAACAAAAAAUUAAAUUGUGAAUGUCGACAACUUUAUACAAUUAAUAAAGAACUUGAAAUUAAAAGCAGUGAACUUGAAAAGACCAAUUUAGAAUUGAAAACCCAAAACGAAUUUUACAAAACACAACUUGAGAACAUCACAAACCGAAUGGAUGAAAUGGAAAAGGAAAAAAAGCUUUUACAACAACAAACAACAAACCAAAAUAGUACUAAUAUUAUAGAACAAAAACCAUUUAUUAAUAAUUCGGAUAAGUCUUUAUAUGAAAAGAAAGAACACCAACUUCAAAUAUCUUCAAAUGAAAUUUAUUUAACAAUAGAAGAGGCAUAUAAAGGAUGUCAAAAAACAAUAAAAGUCCGAAACUAUAAUAGCACCGUAGAAACAUUUUUAAUGACUUUUAAAAGAGGAGUUAAAGAAGGCGAAAUAGUUCAAAUAUAUAACACAGAUUUUAUUGUGAAGUACAUUAAACACCAAUGCUUCUCAAGACAUGGCGAUGACUUGGUUGUGAAUAAACAGAUAUUUAUUAAACAAGGUGUCAGACAUCCCGAUUUUCAUGGCGAACUUUUUAAAAAAGCUUAUGACACUCUUUUGAGUUUAAAGGGAUUUACAGAUUCUGGAAAAACAGUGUUUGAUGAUGGAACAACAUUUUGCUAA